AUGUCGAAAAUACCGAAACAUAUAUCGGUGAAGACACAGGAGAAAAAUAAUUAUUUCUACGAAAAUGAGAUAUUACCGGACUUCCAAGCUCGUUGGGGAGCUACGUUGAAACAAAGGAAAUCCGUAUUCGGACAUUAUCCAAAUCAUAUCGGCAUGCCAAUUAUCAGUGCGAAAUCGAACGCAGGAAAAUAUUUUGUAGAAUUCGCGAGUUCUUCGUCUGUACAUGGCUUAAAUCAUCUGGUAGCACCAAAUAGACACCCCGUUGAGACAUUUCUCACCGUCUUCUGCAUCCUUGGAGCUCUAUUGUGCCUGAUCUUCUUGUCGUUUCUACUCUGGGAUCGUUACCAGAAUAACGCUACGGUUAUCGUGGUAGAUACUGAUCGAGACCAAUUUGUAACAUUGAAACCAGCGCUGUUUAUUUGCCCGGUACCAAGCGUGGAGCUAAAGAAGAUUCCACAUGUAUUCAAAAAACACGGUAUUAAACACACAUCAGAGGCGGAACAGUUCUUCAUCUUCCUUGGCAACAUCACUUAUGAAAAUAUGAUGAAUACACCCAUCUUCGACGAAGUUCCAGCGAACAAGUGGCUAGAAAUACUUUACGACUUGAAGAAAGAUAUUUCUCCGAAUAUUCUGAAAGAGAACGACCCUUAUGAAACGUGGGUAAUGACAGAAAGAGGUGCGUGCUUAACAACGAGGAGCGUCUUCGCAGUCUAUGCUACUUUAAACUACUGGAAGAACGACAACUGGACCAUUAUUCCUAUACCAGACAAAUUACCAUUGUACGAUUACAACAUCGAUGGCAUACAAGAAAAUUUCGCCGUUGAGCAUAUGGCUUUGGUACGAAUCGCCGCAUGCGAUCCUUUUGAGCUGAUAAUAUACGACACUCCAAUGAGAUGGGUAAAACCAAAGAUGCUGCAACGUGCCAUCAUGUCGAUAACUCAGAUGAAUAUGAAGCCAAACGUUAAAGAGCUUCGUGCUCAUCAAAGAAAUUGCAAAGUUUACAACGACGGUGGUUUAAAAACGUGGCCAGUGUAUACGAGAAAUAUGUGCACCACCGAAUGUAGGAUGAAAGUAAUACAGGAUAAAUGCAAUUGUCGUCCGCAUUUUGCCAGGCCCAUUGAGGGUGUAGACACUUGUAAUUCCACGCAACUUCGAUGUAUCGGAAAAGCAACGCAGAGCCUUUUUCUGUUCCAAUAUCCACCUCUUUCUUGCGAAUGCGCCCCAAGAUGCAAUAUCUUUACCUAUCAAAUCAGAGAUAGUGAAAACACCGAACUAGAUGAUACACCGAUAAAUAUGUCUGUUAUGACUUUAAUCGUCGAGCUUCCGCAAAUUAUCUAUCAUCGAGCAUUGUUGUACGGGUUUCACGAUUUUCUAACUGGUGUUGGAGGAGCGGCGGGAUUGUUUCUGGGAGCCAGUGUACUAUCCUUCGUUGAAAUAUUCUAUUAUGGCACCAUACAUUUGUACUUCUACGUGAAACGAAUGAAACAGAGACGCAAGAAAAUGGCAAUCAGUAUAUCUAACUAAGAACA